AUGACAUAGUAAUUACUGUCACAAAUCACAGCGCCUCUGAGAGAGUGCGUGAGUGUGUGAAAAUUCGCGUAUAAGAGCUCGGAAGAAGCGAUUUCGUCGACGAUUUUCCCCUCGCGUCAAGCUGUAGAUUCAGCUCAUUCCUCGCUUUCUCUCGUGCAGAUGAGAUGAAGAAAGAGGAGAAGAGUAGUUCAAAGGGAAGGAGUGUUUGCACUAGAGCUCUAGCUGUGGCUUCUGUCUCUACAGAAAAAGAAACUUCUGGUUUGAGUUUGAGGAGGUCAAGUAGGGGAGCAACGUCUACGGCUACUAGCAAGUCAGAGAGACAGGCUCCUUCACCUGUUUCAGUUUCGAAAAAGUCUGGUAAAAUGGAGAAGAAACACAAAGGGAGUUCGUUGAGAAGGUCUAAAAAGGGAAAUAGUGGUGCUUCUGAUAAGUCUGGCAGGAAUGCUGACACUUCAUCAUCGGAUGUUGUGGAGAGUAAGGGGAAAGAGAUAGACAACGUGGAAGAUUUGACAGGGGAGGUGAAGAAACAGCAGCCUAAAAUGUCAGGGAGGAGUUACAGGGCGUUGUUUAGGGGGCUUCUCAGGGAUGAAGCUAAUGCUUGUUCAAAUGAUGACGAAUUAGUAGUGGUUGGUUGUUCUCGCCGAGUUCCUGCGGGAAAUGAUGAUGCUAGAGAUGAUAACAGUUCAGAAUCUAAAGGGCUCCUAGUUGGCGAAACUUGUUUAGACAAGGGCCCUGAUCUUUCUGUGAAACUAGCUAGGGAUACUGAAAAUAUGGUGCUUGAUUCAUCCCCCAUGGUUGGGAAUGACAGUGUUAUAGGUUCACCAUAUGAGAAUCCAGAAACGCAGAAGCGUCGUGUCAGUGAAACUAGAUUAAAAACUGGCGUAGAUUUGCCUCUGAAAAGAAAAAGGGACACUGCAGGAAUUGUGAUGGAUGCAUGCGCAAAUGCAGAUGACCGCGUUAUGAGUGCUAAUGGGGUUAUUCCAUCUCCAUCCGACUGCACAAAUCAUAAUCAACCUGAAAGUCGGGGCACAUGGCAAAAAGGGAAAAAGGUCAUCGAUGAUUUUGAAAAUUUCUGUGUUUCUUCCUUCAAUGCUCAGCCAGUUCAAGAACCUGAUCACAUGGCACAGGGACCCGCUUCAAACAGAGACUAUGGGGAGAACAAGCAUAAUAUGCAACAAGCUAAAUCAUAUGACCCCAAAUUGUCAUCAGUGUACACAGAGUAUUGGGUUCCGGUGCAGCUAUCAGAUGUACAGAUAGAGCAAUACUGUCGGACUCUCUUCUCCAAAUCUAUACCUCUCUCGUCGCUGUCAAGGAUUGAUCAUGGUGGAGCUCUCGAAGAAACUCUCACAUCUGUAAGGAAAACCUGUGAGCAUCCAUAUGUUAUGGAUGCAUCUUUGAAACAACUGCUUACCAAGAAUCUGGAGUUGCAUGAACUCGUGAAUGUAGAAGUCAAAGCAAGCGGGAAACUUCACCUACUUGAUGCAAUGCUUACUGAAAUAAAAACAAAGGGUUUAAAAGCAGUUGUCUUCUACCAGGCAACACAAAGCCCUGAGGGGCUUCUGCUGGCUAAUAUUCUCGACGACUUUGUGGGUCAGAGAUUUGGUCAAACUUCUUAUGAGCAUGGGGUUUGUCACUCAACGAAGAACGCCGUAAACAAUUUCAACAAGGAGAGUGAAUGUUUUAUUCUUCUUUUGGAAACACGUGCCUGCAGUCAAAGCAUUAAACUCUUGCGGGCUGAGGCUUUGAUUCUUUUUGGAAGCAGCUUGAAUGCAUCGCAUGAUGUCAAGCUCUUAGAGAAGAUCAAGAUUGAGUCAUAUUCUGAAAGAACUACAAUUUUCCGGUUGUACUCAAUAUGUACAGUUGAAGAAAAAGCCCUGAUUCUGGCUAAGCAAAAAAAGUCUCUGGACAACCUAAAUCGUCCUCUCACACAUGCACUGCUCAUGUGGGGGGCUUCGUAUUUAUUUGAUAAGCUGAAUCACUUCCACGGCAGUCAAACCCCAGAUUCAGGAGCUCCAUUAGAACAAUCUAUUAGGGGAGACGUGAUUCGUGAAUUCUCGUCCAUACUCUCUUCCAGUGUUGGAAAAGGAAAUGUAGGCAAGCUGUGUCUACUCUUAGAAGCCAAGCAUGCCCAGGGAACUUACAGCACUGAGUCUACUUUGUUUGGGGAAAAAUAUGUCGAGCUGUCAGAUAAAGUUAGUCCAAAUAUAUUUUGGGAAAAGCUGUUGGGUGGAAAGAACCCUAUGUGGAAAUACUAUUCAGAUACUUCGCCAAGGAGUCGAAAAAGAGUUCGGCAUCUUCAGGUCUCUGAAGAGACUGCCAAACUUGACGAUGGCAAGAAUACAAAGAAGAAAAAGAAGGCUUCGGAUGAAAGAAAACCCUCUGGGAAGGAUCACUUGGGGGAUUUGGAGUCACCAAAAGUCACAACACUCCAGUCAUCAUGUGGAUCUGCUUCUGGUACUAACGAUUCAUUAAAUGGAAAAGAUGCUACUGGCUUGUAUUCUGUGGGCGGUCAUAUAUCUGAAAUCCCAGAGAAUAUGUUAGCCGGCAUUGAUAGGGGACAAAUUACGAGCGAAUCACAGAAGAAUCUCCAUGCUGUUUUAAAGCCGCAGAUGGCAAAACUUUGCCAAGUUUUGCAUCUUUCAGAAAAUUUGGCACGCAUGGUUGAAAAUUUUCUUGAAUAUAUUAUUGAAAACCACCAUGUCUGCAAAGAGCCAGCUACAACAUUGCAGGCCUUCCAAAUAGCCUUGAUUUGGAUUGCAGUCUCGUUCGUAAAGCAAAAGUUUAACCGUGAAGAAUCUCUGAUUCGCGCAAAAUCGGAAUUAGGUUUCAAUUGCUCUAGAGAAGAGGUAUAUUAUAUGUAUUCUUUUCUGUACUGCAUGAAGAGUCUAUUCGUGGGGCGCACACGAGGUUUCCAGGAAAAGGGUGAAGAAUGCAUGGCUGAGAAGAGAGGUAACCAUUAUAGCUCAGUAACAAAGGAUGUUGAAAAGACUAUUAGCGACAUCAAAAGGAAAUGCAGUAAGAACCUGCUUAAGCUUGUACAAACCCACGAGGAAGAAAAGAUGGCCCUGAUGAAUAUGAAUGCUGUCAAGAAGCAGGAACUUCAAAAUUGUAAAAAGGUGGAAGCAUCAGUUAUUCGUGUCACCUUUUUAGGUAUAAGUACGCAGAGCUUACAUGAUGCUCUCCAAAGCUUACAUGAUGCUCUCCAACGGCUGGAAUAUACUUUUGAAAGAAAGUUUGAUAGUCUCAAAGGAGAGUUGGAUGAAUGCCUUGAAAGUUUAGAGAAAAUAUACGAGGCUGCAAAGAAGAAGUUGGCUGAGGAUGAAGCCUUUUGGAUUAGUCGGAUAGAGAAAUGGGCACUAGCUGAAUUAAGAAAUAGUGCUCCUAUUCAAAGUGGCAACAACAAGCAUUCUAGGGGAUUGUGCUCAUCAAACACUUCCCAAAAUGCUCCUGAUGUACAAACUUGCAAUGAUGUCAGUGGUGAGGCUACUCACGCUGAAACGAAUUGCAUGGUUUCCAAGGGAAAUCAAGUGCCAGAAGCAGAAACCACAUUAAGAACUAUGUCGGGUGGCAGCACUCAACAAGUUCAUGAAAUGGUGGCUUCAAAAAAUGAUAAGGCGAUGGACGACUCUACCUUGUCUCAUGAACAACCUACAGAGAAUUUGGCUACAAAGAGCCAACCCAAUGAGCACUCUUCGAUCACUGCGCCUGAGAUUCUGAAUCCUGCUGGCUGUCAAGAGGAAUCUGCACCCUUGAACGUGCAGUUGUCAGAAUACCAGAUUCGUGACAGAGCGACAUCAACGACACCAGAUGAAAAUGUUCCCUCAAUGGUGCCAGAGUCUACCUCUCUCGACUCUUCCUUGAAUAGAGAGGAGGCUUUGGUUUCAUUUGAAAAUGAUAGAACAAUUCAAGCGGGCUCCAAUGCAGACAACAUUUUGGACCAGCAGGAUGAGGAAGCUUGUUCUCUUGACAAGGAGAUUCCUGAAGAGUUAGCGUUGCCUAUGCCACACCCUGCGUCUUUGGUAAAGACUAGGGGCUCUGCUGAAUCUGAUCAGGUGGAUCACGAGAUAUGUCCUAGGCCUUCCUCACCGGGAGGAAAGCAACCUAAUCCAGCAGAAAACUUCCAGAGCCAAGACAUUGAAUCAGCAAUUGAGACCCAGCCAGCGGGAUCUUCUAUGCCUUCUUCACCAGGAGGAAAUCAACCUGGUCCAACAGAAAACUUCCAUGACCAAAACAUUGAAUCAACAAUUGAGGCUCAGCCAGCAGGAUCUCAUAUACCUUCUUCACUGGGUGGAAAGCAACCUGACCUAACAGCAAACAUGGGAAAAAAUAUUGAAGCAACAAUUGAGCUUCAGCCAGCUGAACCGUCUAUGCCUUCUUCACCGGGUGGAAAGCAACCUGAUCCAGCAGCAAACAUUCAGGGAAAAAAUAUUGAAGAACCAAUUGAGCUUCAGCCAGCUGAGCCUUCUAUGCCUUCUUCACCGGCUGGACAGCAAUCUGACCCAACAGUAAACAUUCAGGGCAAAAAUAUUGAAACAGUAAUUGAGCCUCAGCCAGCUGAAUCUUCUAUGCCUUCUUCACCGGCUGGACAGCAAUCUGAUUCAGCAGAAAACAAUCAGGGAAAAAAUAUUGAACCAGCAAUUGAGCCUCAGCCAGCUGGAUCUCCUGUGCCUUCUUCACCGGCUGGACAACAACCUGACCCAGCAGAAAGAAUUCAAUGCCAGAAUAUUGGAGAAGCAGUUGAGUUUCAGCCAGCUGGAUCAGAAACAUUAGAGACUGGUGGUUCUGCUGCAUCAGAGCAGGGUGAUCAAGUUGCAUGUCCUUUGCCAUUUUCGCCGGCUGUAAAUCAACCUGAUUCAGGCGCAAAUAUUGAGAGCCAAAAUCUCAGCACAUCAGUUGAGCACGACAUAGCUGGUCCAGGCGCAGUAUCAGAACAGGAAAUAAUGGAAACUCAGGAUGCAUGCUCUCUGCCAUCUCCAUCGGUUGAAACUCAGGCUGAUAUAGCAACAAACACUGAGGGACAAAAUAUUACAACAGUAUCAGAAGCAGUAGAAACUGAUAACGUUGCACCCAUUGUCCAUGAAGGUGUUGUGGAGUCUUCAGCAGGUGUAACAGCUCCAAUUCCUUCACUUCUUAACAAUGUUAGGGCUAUGGGACAGAGUCCCAUUCAACAUGUUCCCCAAAUACCUUUCCCUGUGUUCCGUGACCCGUUUCAGCAUGAACUGGAGAAGCUUCGAAGACAAUCAGAGAUCAUAAAGAAAACCUGUGAAGAAAAGAAAUUAGUCGCGAAAGCUAAAUUCGAGAGAAAGAUAGCUGGGUUACAAGAAGCGUAUCAAAGAAAGUUUCAUGAGGUACAAGUAGAACAUGCAGCCAAAAAGACGAAGUUACAGACGCGCAAGAAUCUUGUGAUAAUGAACAAGCUGUUGUCCAGUGCGUUCUUAUCUAAAUGUACGAGCAGACUCUCCUCUCAUUCCUCAGCAGCUCCAAUGGGUAGAAUCCAGCAGCUAGUACAGAGAGCAGUACAAGUGAGGAAUCAUACUGCUUCAGCUCCUUCGGUUUCUCGCCUAUCAGACCUUCGUAUGAGUUCCACGUACUGCACAAUGCCUCAGCCAAGACAGCCUCUCAUCUCCAACACUUUAACAUAUUCAAAUGCGUUAUUGCAACAGCAAGAACAACAACAGAACUUGGGGAAUGGAUUGCAGAGGAGCAAUGAUGUGGUCUGUCUCUCUGAUGACGAGUGA